UCUCCCAGCACACACUGGGACAGAGCAGGCUCCUCAGGCCUCCAGGAUGCUGGUCCCUGCCUUCUGGCCCCACCCUCCUCCUUGCCUGCUGCUGACUCUGCUGCUUGGCCUCACAGGAGGGGCAGGUGAGGAGCUGCAGGUGGCAGCAGGAGAGACGGCCACUCUGAGCUGCGACAUGACCCCCAUAUUUCCUCUGGGGCCCAUCACGUGGUUCAAGGCAACAGGGCUAGGCCGGGAGUUAAUCUACAGUCAAGGAGGAGGCCACUCUCCCCGAGUAACAGGUGUUGCAUAUGCUAGAAGAUACGUGAUGGGCUUUUCCAUCCGCAUCAGUGACAUCACCCUAGCAGACGCUGGUACCUACUACUGUGUGACGUUCCACAGAGGGAACCCUGACAUGGAGUUCAAGUUUGGAGUAGUCACUCGGCUCAUCGUGAGUGCCCAACCCUCUCCCCCCGUGGUGUCAGCCCCCACGGAGAGGGCCACACCUGGGAAGACAGUGAGCUUCACCUGCGAGUCCCACGGCUUCUUCUCCAGGAACAUCGCCCUGAGAUGGUUCAAAGAUGGGAACGAGCUCCCAGCCUCCCAGACCACCGUGGACCCAGAGGGAGACAGCCCUCCCUACAGCAUCUCCAGCACAGCCUCGGUGCGGCUGGCCCAGGGGGAUGUCUGCUCCCAGGUCAUCUGCCAGGUGGAACACGUCACCCUGAAGGGGGGCCCUCCUCUUCGUGGGACUGCCAACCUGUCUGAGAUCAUCCGAGUUCUGCCCACAAUGGAGGUUUCCCAACACAUCAUGUUAGAGAACCAAGUCAACAUCAUCAUCUGCCAGGUGAAGAACUUCUACCCCCAGAGCCUACAGCUGACCUGGUUGAAGAACGGAAACAUGUCUCAAACAGAAAUGCCCUUAACUCGAGUAGAGAACAAGGAUGGGACCUUCACCUGGGGGAGCUGGAUCCUGGUGAACUCGUCUGCCUGCGGGGAGGCCGUGGUGCUCACCUGUCUGGUGCAGCACGAUGGGCAGCCGGCCGUCAGCAGGAACCUCACCCUGGAGGCCCCCGCUAAUUGGAACGUCCUGAGCACAGGUGGACCCUCUGGCCCUGAAGCAUCUACUGACGUCCUCGUAGGGCUCCUCCUAGGCUUCAAGGUGCUGCUGGUGGUUGGUGUCUCUGCCCUCUAUGUCCACAGGACGUGGAAAGCCUGACUGCAUGUCAGGAAGAAGACAGCCCGGAACACAGGAGACGUGCAGGGAACACUUCUUCAAUGAUGAGCAGAUAAUUAAAUGAGACCCUGUUUCCUGCAGCCCCUUCCUUCCUCCCCUGCUGCUCAACACCCUCCAUCUCCACAGUCUCCCUCCUCAUAGGACACACUCAGCCUAAGGAAAAGAAGAUUGGCUGGAAGUGUCACCGCCUCUUGUUCAAAUGCCUCUCCCCUGAGCAGACUUGCUGCCCAUGGGCCCCUAGUGCCCCUUCUCACCAUCCGUGAUGCCCCCAGACCUGGGCCUUCAUCCAUGGUCCUCUCAGAAUCACACACAGAACCCCAGAUGGUCACCUGGGCCGUUAUCUCUCACUCAUGACUUAAAUGUGGUUGGAGGAAAAAUGGGCUGCUGAGAAUUGAGGACAUGGAAGGGACAGUGACAUUGAUGCCAUCAGACCUUUAUCCAACACCAUCAACCAGGAGCCACAGGAAGAGAAAGCAAUGCUGUGACCAAGUUGUAUAGUGUGAUACAGUGAGGUAGCCGCCUUCAGAUUGGCUGUGGUUCAAUAAUGGAUAUGCCUUUAAAAAUUUUUUGUUUGCUUCUAAAGGACAGUAUGAAUCUGAGGUACAGUAAUAUCAUGUGAGCUGAGAACCCUGAACUGUUUCAACUGGGAGCUGGGCCUGUGUUCAGGUUGUUCGCGUCUGGAGUGGUUUUCAUCUGGUUGAGUGGAAGGGGCUGAGGGGCAGGAUCUUGAUUCAAACACCACAGAAUUUCACUUUUCUUGCCUGGUCUUAGUAGAUUUUCUUGAAUACAUGGUUUCUCCUUAAUGUAUACCUUCAUGAUUAUCUCUGGAGAUCUUAAGUGAUUUUUGAACAUAUACAGUCAAUUAAUAUUCUUAAUAGAAUGAAGAAAUGAAUUAUUUCCUCUCUAUUUUCCUGGUAUUAGCUUUCUUCUGUAAGGUGACAUUUCCAGUACUGGCACACUAUUAGAAAUUAUUCUUACUUGGAAUAUUAAGUGUGUUGACCUACAGUGUCUAAGUGUAGGAACCUCUGGACCUGAUGACCCAUUAAGGACCACACUGUCCUGUGACCCAUCAGACACUGAGGGGCAGUGUGUCCAUAGUUCUUUAGAGGAUGAAGCAGAGAGGCUCCCUCUGAGGUCUGGUAGGCAGAGACCUGGGUUCAGAUACUGGAAAACACAUACCAGCUAUGUGACCGUGGGCAAAUCAUUGACCCUCUCUGAGCCAAUAUUCUUCUCUGAAAAUUGAGAAUCAUGCUGCCUCAGAGAAGUGUGGGGGCUUUAAAGGGGAGAGCAACGUGUGAAAACACACAAGGCCUGGAACGAGGUUGUGUGUGACAAGAUCCUUCUCUUCCCUUGCUCAGCAUGGAAUUCACAUCAUUUGUGGAUUUCCAGCCCCGUGAAGUGAUGACAUUGAAAGUCCUGCAGUGGCCUGGCUGCCUGAAGGUGUUCCCAGAUUUUUCUGGGAAAAUUUUCCAUGCUCAAAGGCUGGCACCUGGAUCCAAAAAUCUCUAAAGGCAGCAAGAGCAACAUUUGCUUCAAAGUUGGGGACACGCUUGUUAGCAUGAGGAGAAAUUGGAAUAAAUUCUAAUGUUACUGAAAUGAGGCUCUAACACUAAAACCAGACCUAAGUUUUUUUGUGUUUUUUUUUUACUUUCAGGAGAUAACAGCAGACCUCUUCCCAGAGCCCCAGGUAGGACCAGACUGAGCCAGAUCAAACUGGUCCCAGAGGCACAGACAGUAUAGAAAGCAAAAAAAAAAUGACCUUCACUUAAGCCUGAAGGGUGGUCAGAGCCAAAGUUCUCCCCAAACCUGGUCCUCAUAGACAUGAUUCAGAAGAGAGGGAGGCCCAGGAAUUUGUACCUGGCCGGGCAUUUAGAUCUCACGCAAUCAUUCCCUGCCCAUUAGAAAUUCCUUUAUACCUUCCAAUUUCUUACCCUCGAUGACUUCGUUUUAAGCUUGCUCUGUCAAAACUCUCAAAUUAGCCCUGGCUAGUGUAGUUCAGUUUGUUGAAGCAUUUUACAGGUCAAAAGGUUUCAGGUUCAAUUUCUGGUCAGGGCACGUACCCAGGUUGCAGGUUCUAUCCCCAGUUGGGCACUUACAAGUAGGCAGUCAAUUGAUGUUUCUGUCUCACUUUGAGGUUUCUCUCUCUCUCUCUCUCUCUCUAUCUAUCUAUCUAUCUAUCUAUCUAUCUAUCUCAUCCUUUCUCUUUCUAAAGGUAAUGAAAACCUGUCCUCAGGUGAGGAUCGAAAAAAGACACACAAAUUAGAAUGAAUAAAUAUGUAUAGUUUCUCCUUACUAUCAUCUAAUAAACUGGCUUCGGUCUUCAUUCUGGGUGUGAAAGGAGCCUGACCCGAGCCCUGGUUCUGGUCUGUGGUUUGGCAGCAGGACAACCAUAUCUUCGUAACAAAAUUCAGUGGAAUUCGUUAAGCCCUCAGACGUGGACUUCUCUGUGAACAUCAAACAUGGAACUGGUUGACUUUGUUGGCUAACAUAAAUAAGUUGUUUUUUUUUUUUAAGCAAAACCUAAUUGUUCAAUGACGUCUUAGGAAGCACCUGUACUUGCUUGGCCCAGAGACUCACUGAAUGUACAGCCACUAAUGGAAUCAUUCCCUGAGAAAGAAUUCCAAAAACUACCUGAGAGACCCCACACAUUAGACAAAAGAGAAAACUGACAGCUACACAAAUCGAAGAGAAUGAGACACAGUCUCACCAUGAACUCUGCCCCCACAUGGAGACACACAAUUACGAGGAAAUGCACACUCCCAGCUUCUCCUUGAAGAAUGGGCUUUAAACCUAACCUCUAUCACUCCAAUUUCCAAAGUUUUCUUCAGGGAUGAGCCCCCAAAACAAGUAGAUCUGAAAUCAAUCUGGCUGAAGUCCACAACGCUCACAGCAGGGCAGUGAACAAGGAAGCAGCUCCUGAUGGGCUGUGAGGACUUUGUCUAUCCCCGCAGGGCUCAGUGCAGAGGCUUCAGAGAGAGAGAUGCCCACUUUGUAGUCUCUCCCUUAAAGAGGCCUAGUUCCUUUUUAUAAAAGCUGCAGUCUGAGGACCAGGCUCCUAAUUUAACCCACAUCUAAGGCCAACAGUCCUCUCCAGACACCAAGGAGCUGAGUGGGAUUAUCUGUACAUUUUUUCUCUGCUGCACACCGGGUCCUGUGCACGCUGGGUCCUGUCUUCCUCCCACUGAAGGAGCCUGUGCACAUACAUGUCUGGUCCCUUGGCUUUUGUGGCUGCUGCUCAGGGGAUGCAGCCACUGAUGGCCUGGCUCUGGUGGCCGUGGGGCUUGUGUUUCUGGGUCCCACAGGCUGGUAGAGAACAAAAACCAACAACAAAAUCACAGAAAGCAGUCAGACCUCCUAUCUCUGAGUCUUGCCCCGAGGGAGGUCUACCUGAAUACUUCAGGUGCUUCUGUCUGAAUAUCCAGCUUCCAAUCAGCCUGCAACUAGGUGUGGACUGAGAUCCCCGCCUAGGACACUGAAGCGUCACCUCACUAACUGGGAGCCACUAAGAAUGGACAAGGCAGUUUGGACAGUCACAAAGUUUGGAGAGACAACCAAAUAAUAGAACAGGGCUGAAUUUUAAGAUCCUUCUUGUACAAGAGACUACUUCACCAAAAUUGGAAGAAGUACCUCUUUAGUGCACAGAAACUAACAGAGUCAAGGAAAAUGAAGAAAUAAAUGAAUGUGUACCAAACAAAAGAAUAAAAUAAAACUCCAGAAAUGUGCCUUAAUAAAGGGGAAAUAAGUGAUUUACCCGACAGAAUUUUUAAAAUGCUUCUAAAGAUGCUCACCUGCCCAGGUGGACAAUGAUGCACAAUGUGAUAAUGUCAACAUUCAGAUAGAAAAUAUGAGAAAGCACCCAAUAGAAAUCACAGAGGUGAAGAAUACAAUCACUGACUGAAAAAAAUGCAUAGAAGGCAUUAACAUCAGAUGAGAUGACAAAGAGGAAAGAGUCAGGAAACUCAUAGAUUGGGCAGGGAAAGUCUUCCAAUCAGAGGUUUGGCUCGGCCAGUGUAGAGGGUUUUUUAAAAAUGGGCCAUACAGUACGGAACUGUAUGGUAGUUCCAUAUAGAACUACUGUAUGGCCCAGUGAUUCCGCCCUGUGGGUGUACAUCCAAACAAAAAGUGAAAUCAGUAUCUUGAAGAGAUGUCUCCACUCCCAUGUUUAUUGCAGCAUUACUUACAACAUAGAAGUGAAGUAACAUAAGUCUUCAUCAGUGGGUGAAUGCCUAUGUCUAAUGGAAUAUUAUUCAUUUUAAACCAGAAAGGAAUACUUCCUUUGCAACAACAUAAAUGGAACUUAAAGGCAUUAUGCUAAUGUAAUAAGUCAGACA